GGCCAUACAGCCGUGGGGCGGGGCCCGGGAGAUCCAGGGCCUCCGGGUGGACGCGCCGGUUCCCCCUGGAAGCUGCUGUCAUGGUGGCCCCCGUGGUGUACCUGGUGGCGGCGGCUCUGCUUGUCGGCCUUAUCUUUUUCCUGACUCACAGCCGGGGCCGGACGACAGCAGCCGGCCAGGAGCCAUUGCACAAUGAGGAGCUGCCGGUAGUAGCAGGCUCAGUGGCCCAACCUCGGCCCCUGGAGCCUGAGGAGCAGAGAACUGGGGGCAGGCCCCGGCGCCGGAGGGAUUUGGGCAGCCGCCUGCAGGCCCAGCGCCGAGCCCAGCGUGUCACCUGGGCAGAGGUGGAUGAGAAUGAGGAGGAAGCCAUCAUCCCAGGCCAGGAGGAAGAAGAUAUCGAGAAGCCGGUGGAAAGUCACCUGUCAGGGAAAAUUGGAGCCAAGAAACUACGGAAGCUAGAGGAGAAACAGGCUCGAAAAGCCCAGCGUGAGGCAGAGGAGGCUGAACGUGAGGAACGGAAACGCCUCGAGUCCCAGCGUGAGGCAGAGUGGAAGAAAGAGGAGGAGCGGCUUCGCCUGGAGGAGGAACAAAAGGAGGAGGAAGAGAGGAAGGCCCGGGAGGAGCAGGCCCAGCGGGAGCAUGAGGAGUACCUGAAACUGAAGGAAGCCUUCGUGGUAGAGGAGGAAGGUGUGGGCGAGACCAUGACUGAGGAACAGUCCCAGAGCUUCCUGACUGAGUUCAUCAACUACAUUAAGCAGUCCAAGGUCGUGCUCUUGGAAGACUUGGCUUCCCAGGUGGGCCUGCGGACUCAGGAUACCAUAAACCGCAUCCAGGACCUGCUGGCUGAGGGGACUCUGACAGGUGUGAUUGACGACCGGGGCAAGUUCAUCUACAUAACCCCUGAGGAACUGGCUGCCGUGGCUAACUUCAUCCGACAGCGGGGCCGGGUGUCCAUCACUGAGCUUGCCCAGGCCAGCAACUCCCUCAUUGCCUGGGGCCGGGAGCCCCCUGUCCAGUCCCCAGCCUGACCCAGCCCUUCCCUUUUGGACUGGCAGCUUGCACAGCCUACCCGGGCGUACAGCUUAAUCCCUCCCCUCCACCCUGGGGGAGAGAUGGAAUGUGGCCAGGCAGUUACAGAUUAAAGGCCUGUGAGCACUGCUGAGCUUGGUGUGGCUUGGUGUGACAGAAGGCCUGGCCUGGGAGUCCAGAUGAGCAAGUGAAGUCUAGUCCUCAGAACAUAUCUGUGGGGUGGAUGGGAGGAGCCCUGUGGGGGCAGAUGAAAGUUCCAUCCUUACCAUGCGUUGAAAAAGAAUAUUCAUUGAAAAAGAA